AUGCCGGCGGUGGGAGUUCUAAAAUCUAGCGCGUUCUUGCGUGUCGCCGGUUGUGCUGUUGUCAGUGGCCAGGAUAUUGGCAGCCAGUGUUGUAAUCAACACCAGUGGUUUGAGGUGACUGUAUCGCGUGGUGGAGACACCGGUACGGGUGUUGGUCGUUCUCUUCGAAUGGCCGUCGAAAUUUCCCUUCUUUCAGCUGUGCCGUGUCAAAAACCAGUAGAAUGCAUUCAACAACAACAACAACAUGUGACGUGUCGGUUGACAUUUUAA